ACAAUCGGCAGUCGGCGGACCACCCGCCACACACACACACAAACGCAUUGAUAUCGACGACUACAUCGUCAUUCCGUUGAAAUUUCGCAGUAAUUCCGUAUUUAUUAUUUUGUGUUGCUGAAUUGGCGCAUGCUGUCCUCGCGACAGCAACAUAAAUCGCCAAAUUAGCGAAACUGCGAGCAACCAAGACGAACAAACAAUAUACAGCAGCCGCAAACAGACGGUAAUCUCCAUACAACAGCAACAACUGCAGCAACAAGAGCAAAAACAACACAUUCAUGGCUGCCGGCACCACCCUGCAGAAGGCCAUCGAUCUGGUCACAAAGGCCACCGAGGAGGAUCGGAAUAAGAAUUAUGCCGAGGCGCUGCGUCUCUACGAGCACGGUGUCGAGUAUUUUCUGCACACCAUUAAAUAUGAGGCGCAGGGCGAAAAAGCCAAGGACUCGAUUCGGGCCAAGUGCUUACAGUAUUUGGAUCGGGCCGAGAAGUUGAAGGAGUAUCUGAAAAAGGGCAAGAAGAAACCGAUUAAGGAGGGUGGCGAGAAUAGUUCCAAGGAUGACAAGGAUAAAAAGAGCGACAGCGAUGACGAGGACGACGAUGAUCCAGAGAAGAAGAAGCUGCAAAGCAAACUCGAGGGUGCCAUUGUGAUUGAGAAACCGCACGUGCAAUGGUCCGAUGUCGCUGGCCUCGAUGCCGCCAAGGAGGCACUCAAGGAGGCUGUCAUCCUGCCGAUCAAGUUUCCGCAGCUGUUCACCGGCAAACGCAUACCGUGGAAAGGCAUUUUGCUGUUUGGGCCACCCGGCACGGGCAAAUCGUAUUUGGCCAAAGCUGUCGCGACCGAGGCAAAUCGUUCCACAUUCUUUUCAGUAUCCAGUUCCGAUCUAAUGUCCAAAUGGCUGGGCGAGUCCGAGAAGCUGGUGAAGAAUCUCUUUGAGCUGGCGCGCCAGCACAAGCCGUCGAUUAUAUUCAUCGAUGAGAUCGAUUCGAUGUGCUCGGCCCGUUCCGACAAUGAGAACGACAGCGUGCGUCGCAUCAAGACCGAGUUUCUUGUCCAGAUGCAGGGCGUUGGCAAUGAUACCGACGGCAUCCUAGUGCUGGGCGCCACAAAUAUACCCUGGGUCCUCGACUCGGCCAUUCGUCGACGUUUCGAGAAGCGCAUCUACAUUCCGUUGCCGGAAGCGCACGCUCGCCUCGUCAUGUUCAAGAUACAUUUGGGCAACACUACGCACGUGCUGACCGAGCAGGAUCUCAAGGAGCUGGCCGGCAAGACCGAUGGCUACUCUGGCGCCGAUAUAUCUAUUGUGGUGCGCGAUGCCCUAAUGGAACCGGUGCGCAAAGUGCAAACAGCCACCCACUUUAAGCGCGUCACUGGCCAAAGUCCAGUGAACAAGGAGGAGACUGUCGAUGAUCUGUUGGUGCCCUGCUCGCCGGGUGAUCCGGGCGCCACCGAAAUGAACUGGAUGGAUGUGCCCAGCGAUAAGCUGUUCGAACCGCCCGUCACCAUGCGAGACAUGUUGAAAUCGUUGUCACGCACGAAACCGACCGUCAACGAGGACGAUUUGAUAAAGCUGCGCAAAUUCACAGAGGACUUUGGCCAGGAGGGCUAAGCACGGACAGGAUGCCGGCAUCAGAUGCUAAAGACACCGCCGCCGCCAUCAGCUAAUUCUAAUUGUUGCCUAUUGCAUAAAUCGAUGAAAACUAAAAACAAAACAAAACCAAACAACACACCACUGGCUUGUAGACACACACACACCACACACAUACACACAUACACACACCACACACCAUACACACACACAUACAUACUCACACAUACACACACACACACACACACACCACACACACACACAUUUAUGCACAUAUACAAUUAAUUUUCUUCGUCUUGCUGUUUUUUUUGUUGGUAACACACGAAAUAGGUUUGUGCUGCUGAUGAUUGAUAGUAAUUAUAUACAUAUUUAUGAUUAAAAUUGUAAUUUCAAGUCUUGUCAUAUGUUACACCACUCAUACACACACACACACAAACACCAAUAGCCUCCCGUCUGUAUCCUCCUCCCACUGCUACUGCUGCUGCUGGCAGUAAGACGAAGAGAACAAAUUGUCAAUGUAUUUUUAUACUCUUAAUGUUAAUCAAAAAAAAAAAAACAAAAACGACAAAAUAGAAAACCCGAAACGAUUAUAAUCUAUAUGUAUGUGUGUCAUGCAGAUCGAUUGAGUGUGUGUGUGUGAGUUGUGAAUGUUUGUAAAUUGCAAGGGGUGUUAGAUUGUUUGCCAAUGCCUUCACUCCGCCAGAUAACCAGCCAGCCAGCCAGUUAGUCAGCUUGACAAACAGACAGCCAGCCAGACAAUUGAUCAAUUGGCCAGUUAAGCAGCAGACAAGUAGCCUGUUUUAAAUGUAACCGAUAAAAAAAAAUAAAUAUGUAUA